AUGGUAAAUACAUCAACUGUGACUGAAUUUAUCCUUGUAGGAAUUCCAUUUCUCUACGAUCUACAUCAGAUUUUCUUUGUCAUGGGUUUAUUCAUGUACAUCGUAGCCAUCCUGGGGAAUGGAUUUAUCCUCAUCAUUGUGGCCAUUGAGCCAAGACUUCAGACUCCCAUGUACUUCUUCCUGAGCAACCUGGCUUUUUUGGAGAUCUGCUACACCACAACGGUGGUACCCAAGCUACUACAAACGCUUAUAGAAACGCGGACCACAAUUUGUUUCCAUUGCUGCAUGGCCCAGAACUUCUUCUACUUCUCAUUUGGAGGUGCAGAGCUUUUAAUCCUGACCGUGAUGUCCUUUGACCGUUAUUUGGCCAUAUGCAAACCACUCCAGUACCCAAUGAUUAUGAGCAAGAACGUUUGCAUUCAGUUGUCCCUGGCCACUUGGUACACAUCAUUCUUUGUCUUUUUUUGUCAGUGUCUCUUUGUUUGGAGGAUGCCUUUCUGUGCUUCCAAUGUGGUCGAUCAUUUCUUGUGUGAUGGUGCUCCCAUGUUCAGCCUUGCAUGUACUGAUACCUUCCUCAAUGAGCUUCUAGGAUUGCUCACUGCUGUCUUACUUGGUGUUUUGACCUUGAUCUUCACCAUUGUGUCAUAUAUCUACAUCAUCUCCACCAUAAUGCACAUUCCUUCAGCCAAGGGACGCAAGAAGGCCUUCUCCACCUGUACAUCUCACCUGAUUGUGGUGUCUAUAUUGUAUGGAGCACUGAUAGCCAUGUACGUGAGGCCCAAUCUGCAUGCCUCAUCUCAGUUAACCAGGGUACUAGCGGUGGUGAACACGACUGUCACUCCAGUGCUGAAUCCUUUCAUUUACACAAUAAGGAAUGCCGAAGUGAAGGCAGCUGUCAAAAAUGCAAUCUCUAAGAAGAGACAGUUGCUGAAUGAAGAGUUUUUAAAUGUGUCCAAAAAAGCUGGUAAAUAA